GCACCACACUGUUGCAAGUUUAAUCCAGUCUUCAAAAACUUUCAAUUCACUGAAAAAUGUUGAUGCAUUGGUUUAGAAUUUAUAGUGAAGUUAGGAACUCUAAAACAAUCUGAAGUGCAGCGUCACUGAUUGGGUCCGCUAGGCUUGAAAGACUACAUCUUUGGUUUACUUCUCAAGGUGAUCUGCAACAGUUGAAAUGGUCUCCACAAGACAGUCCUGUAAUGGAGGUGGAGGAGACAAUAAUGAUACAAAUCACUCGAAUGUUACGUGGUCAAGAAGUCGCUCAACUGGUGCAAGUACUUCAAACGAGGGGCUUAGUAGCUUGAGCCUCAGCAAUGUAGCUAAUGCUGGGCACAGUGGAAGUGUUAAUAGUUUAGAAAGUGUGCAAAGUAUAUGCAGCUCUGCAAGUAGCAGUGGAGUUAGCAGUGCUAGCUCUGUUAUUGUAGAGCCACUCAAUCUUCUGGAUAUGCCUCCUGAAAUUCUGGAAAAAAUCUUCUCAUAUGUGGGAUACCACAAAGUUGCACAGCUUCGUCUGGUUUGUAAACAACUGGAUGCUGUUUCUUGUAACAUCCUAAAUUCUACCUUCCAUCGACUCCAAAACAUGAUGCUCAGUCGAUUCCAAGCCAUACGAGCUAAAAUGCCUCGAAGGGAAUCAGCGCGGCGACACCACCAUCUUGCCUUAGAGUCUGAUAUAGUUGAAACUUUGCACAUGCGGCUCACUUUACUGCAGAUGACAUUUGGGAAACACAUUGAAAGAAAACACUGUUGUUUCUUUGCAGGCGAGAUUUUAGAUGAAGUUUUUAGAAUCUUGCACUACUUAAAAAAUACUCCUAAAUUGUCUCGGCCAUACAAAGUGACUGAUGAAUUGUUUGAUUUAUCUACUAUGGCCAUGGAAUAUUUCAAAGAGCAUAUUGAACCUACUCUUCCAGAAAUCUCAUGUUUUGGUACUGAUUUUUUGGACUUCUCAGGCUCUUUUACAAGAAAAGAUGACAAUGCACUAGUACCCUAUCCUAUGGUGCCCUCGCCUGAGAUGGAUAACUUUCUGGAGCCAGUCCCUCAGUCAAAUAUGGUAUUGAGGAAACGGAUCCGUAAAAUUAAGCAGGGGAUGAGGAGAUAUAAUAACCAGUUAGGGGCACUCAAGAGAGAGAUACGAACUUGCAAAACCAAAAUUGGAGACCAGCAAAAACUUCUUUUGGAGUAUGCAAAUCGGUUGGAUGAAAAUGAUAAGAAAAGUGAAGAGACAUCACGAAAAUUCAGCACAUUACUGCAGGAACUCAACAAAUGCAAGACGGAGCUUCAGUUUUGGCGUUCUAAGGCCCCAGCUAAUCCCCCUCGUUGUCAAAAUUGUGGAAGUGCCAUUCCUGUGGUACCAGGCGAAGAUUUAAAAGCAUUAGCAAAUCAAGGUGUUUUAGAUGGCUUGCUGGUUUCGCCUGCACCUACAGACAGUACUGACCCCUUUCAUGGUCUAUGGGCUGGAUUAGAAGAUCCUUGUUGUAACUCAACAGUUCCUGGGUCAGCCCUGCCUGCCACCUCUGGUCAAGGACCAGUGUCAAGUUCUUAUUCUGAGUCACCUUUACCAGAAACUAGCUCAUCAGCUUCAACAUUGAAUGUCACGGCCACCACUUCAAAUCCCUCAGUUACCUCAGCUACGCCUUCAACCUCUUCAGCUGGCUCAGCAGUUCCCUUGAACCCUUUGGGUACCUCAGAUCUACAAGAGCCAUUACAAUCCGCUAGAGUAGGUGUAAAAAGAAAAUCCAGCACAGCUGGUCAGUUUGCUAUUGCAACUAAAGUGCGGCGAGCUGCCCACUUAAAGUCACGUGCGAGCAAACGGGCAAACAAGGUGUAAAAAGUACAGUUAGCAUAAGAUCAAUUUAGACUGGAUUUUCUGAUAAUUGGGCUUGUGUGUCAAAUGUUGUUGGUAUAAUUUUUUUGUUUGUUUCUUUUUAACUAUGUAUUUUCUUUAAUUGUCGUAUAUUUAUUAAUGCUUAUGACAAUGAAAUAUGCCCUGUGGGGUAAAUGUUAAUAUAUUCCCAUCAAAGUGAUUUUUUUAGAAUGGAACUUUAACUUUAGUGUAGGAUAUCAAAUAAAAAUUCUAGUUUUUGAUUUUUUUUCACCUUGAUAAGGAACCCAGAAUGAUUUUAAGGCAGAGCUGGGACCAACUCAAGUCAAGUUACCCUGUAAUUUAUGGUUUUAUGCAUAUUGUGCAGUAAUGUAGCAAAAGAAAUUGGAGCAGAUGAACCAAAAGGGAUUUUUGGUAUUGUUAGAUAAGAGAAAGCUUUAUAAGAUUGUGAUUGUUGACUCAUGUAAAUAUUAAUCUGGACUUCUGCCUCGCCGAAGUUCAAAAUUGUCUUCAAUCUCACAGAUUGUAUGUAGUGUCUAGAUGAACUGAUGUACAGGGGUAGAGGGAGGUACUCGUCUCUUUCUCCAUGUAAAUUUGCAAGUUCAAAAGAAGCUUGCUCAACAUUACAUUUGUUAACUUAGAUUACAACAAUCAACUGAACUUGUUGGUCAUCGAUGAAUAAUUUCUCUGUAUAGGAAAUGACGAGAUUCUUUGAUGACCUUCAUUGUUUACUCAAUGUAUGCAAUUCAGCUUAUUCAUUCAUAAUGUGAGCUCGAAAUUAGCUUUGGGAGAUGUUGAGGAACCAAAUUGAUGAUUUUGUGUGUUACGCGCUCAGAACUCAUGUUGAGCUGAACACUUAACAUUUUGUGUCUGUCGUGGAUAAAUAUGUAUGUUGAGACUCUUUUGUAGAUGAAUUUUUGCAAUUUACUGUUGAUAUUUCUGACCAUUGUACCUCUAAAUUUUGUAGAUUAUUUUGAAUUUGUUCUCAACUAUAGUACAUUUACUACCAUAUGAUUUAUAUGUACAUUUUCUCAUCCCAUAUCCUGUGUACACAGGUAUUAUAGUAUCUUAAUAAUUUUGAAGACCCUGUGGAGCUACAUAUUCAUUUCAUUAUGAGAUCAGUAGACAAGUGUGUAACUUUGCCCAUGCCCAGGAGUAAAAAAAAAAUAAUAAAAAAUACCAUGUUGGGCACUGAAUGUUGUCAAAACUGUCAGAACAUUUUGUCAGGUUAUUUUAUUUAUUGCUGAUAUACAUAUGUACUAUAUGGAAUGAGUACAAAAGUUUCAUCUUCCAGCUCAAAUCACUAUUUUAACAGUAUUUUUUUUUUUAUCCAUGUCUGGUAAACAAGAUUGAUUUUAAGAUGUUUGUAGAGACAUGAUUCAGUGUGUUUUUUUUAUGUUUUUAUUUUGGAAAAAAAAAAAGAUGUAAGAGGAAGGUUAUUAGAGCUCAUUCGGUUUUUAUCACCUCUUUAUAUAGGCAAAAGUGUCCAUAAUCAUUUCUAUGUGAGAAGUUAAUUAAAUGCAUUCAACAUUGAGACGUAAAUGUAUAA